GGAGAGAUAAACUCAUCUGAGGUUAAAGUUAACCUUUGGGACCUGUAAAGAAACAAAGAAAGGUUCUGAAACCCGAGAAAAAGAUCAACUCAAGGGAGUUCAACACAAUCACAAGUGGAGUCGACUGUAGUACAUAGGUUAGGGGAAGCUUCACAAUAUAUGUCAUGUAGCCUUCACUCCACCCAUGAAUAUCUUUACUUUUUGUAGGAUUUAGGCCAAUAAUUUCUUGUAAUUCACUUUAAACGAAAUCCAAAAAAUUACCGGUGUAUGUGGAUGUGGUAUUAAUAAUAUAAUAAUGGCUUAGUUUUUCACUCUGUAGCUCUCACUUAAGAUUUGAGUUACAUUCCUGCGUGUCAAAGUUUAUAUAUCUCUAGUUUUUCUGCUAGGGUGCAGUGUCCAACACAGCAGGGUUGGCCCUGACAGGCUGUGUUACUGCAGCCAGCCUCCUACUUAGUAUAAAUUCUGCAUUGAUGAUGGAAUAAACAUUUUAGUAUCGAUCAAGCAGAGAUGCCAUUUAAAUUUAAAAAUAUAUAUUACACAAAAAUUUUAUUCAAAUACCUUAUAUUUGUGGAUAAAUGAAGAAAAAGAACUUACUACUAGUGUGCUCAUCAUGUCUUGUAGAGAGAUUCAGGAAAGUUUGUGAAGUUAUAUCCUUCCCACCCUGAUUGAAAGAAAAAUACACCAAAUAGCCCUGAUGAUUUGAUAUUUUUAUUCUGGGUUUUUUCCCAGGUUGUGUCGAGCCAAUGAUGUUGGGCCUGGAUCCAGGACUGUGGAAGCGUGUUCCCUUCUUCUGUCCCUGUAGAUUUUUGCGAAUGUCUUAACUCAGUGAAUCGGCUCCAUUGUGAGGAAGACUUGCCAGGAUGGGGUCAAGUAUCAAAGUCUUAGGCCAAGAGCUCCCUGGGAGCUUAGCUUUAGAAUGUCUUGUUUUGACUCUCUGGAGAGAGAUGAAGAGUGAGAUGUGUCAAAGUGGGAGUGAAAUGUCAGACAGAGGUGAUAGACUCUGUACUUCUGUUUUACUGAGCUUUGCUAGCAAGAGAGGAUUCAGAGAUAUAGUACAGUCUUUGAAUGUCAGUGAACGGGAUACUUCUUUGUUGAUGACUCUAAUGGAAAGGUUGGAAGAUCUGUGUUUGCCUUACAUUUUCGUCUUAUUCCAGCGACUUGUGUUCUUCGGGAGACUGCGGCGGAAAGAUGAAGAGGCUGAAGAUUAUUUGAAAGCUCUCGAGGUUCUUGCAGAGUCCUGUGAGUUUCUAGAAGAAAACAAAGCUGUGUACAUCAAGGAACAGUUUGUCAGAAAAGGCAUGUUCUCUUCAGCCCUUCAGCAGUAUGUCAAAAGUUCUCCACCUUUGCCGUUGAGAGAUAUUCUCGAUAGGUUUUCUCAGCAUGAGACACCCGAGAAUCUCAAAGAAAAAGUCACAGAAUCUAAAGCGGCUCCGAAACCGCUGAAAGUUAGGAAAACGCGAGCACAGACUAAAAAACAAGAAGUUUUCGUGAAAACACGUUCAAGAACUUCGAAAAGAGCUCAAAGACUCGUGGACCGGAAAAAAGAUUCAGGUAAGAGAGUUGAUGAAGGGGCUUCUAAACCAAAGAGGAAAGGUGUCUCACAGUCAAAGCCCUCCAAAAAGUCAAAAAAGAGUUGUAAAAGCAGAGAGCGAUCGAAUGUGCCAGUGCCUGUAUCUGUUGAUGUGACUGAGGAAGCAGAGGAGGAGGAGGACAUUCUGUCUGUGGAUUGUGAUGGGAAAGACAGUCCGUCAGUAUGUCCUCCGGAUGAUGAGGAAGAAGAGAUCCCAGUGAAUAACUGCGAUGAAAAUAUUGAACCUGAAGGUUGUGAGAUUUUAGAAGCUAACCUUGGCCCCCAAAGUGUUCCUGUGGGUGUAGAGGAGGAGAAAGAUGAACCUAGUAGACUUACAAAACCAGCAGAUGGUUUACAAAUCGGUAAAGGGAAUUCCCUCAAAACCUCCUUCUCUUGCAGCAUCUGUAUGAAAUCCUUCAGGAAAAAGGGGGAGUACCUGAAGCAUAUAAAAAUCCAUCGAUGUGAAUGUGAAAUUUGUGGAACUAAGUUUUCAUAUCCUCACCAAUUGCAUAGACACAUGUCAUCAAAACACAAAGGGAUUGAAUACAAACCAAAGAAAGUCUCAAUGGCUCGACAUCUUGAAACCCACCAUUGUGCUAUUUGCAAAAGAAGCUUUGUAGGUCGAAGAUCCUAUAAGAACCACAUGAAAAUCCACACCUGCCACUGCACCAUUUGUGAUAAAACUCUGGCGUGUUCUUCCGCUUAUGAAGACCACAUGAAGUGUCACACAGGGCAGAAACCGUAUCAAUGCCCUCAUUGCCCCCAGGCGUUUUCCCGUAAAGCUGACUGCAAAGCUCACAUGAAACGUCAUGACCCGAACAGACAGAAAGGUCACACCUGUGACCUGUGUGGCACAUCGUUUUACAGAAUCUAUGAAUUGUACCGUCAUCAGAAGCUGCAUACAGGAGACCGUCGCUUUAAGUGCGACAGGUGUGACAAGAGCUUCACCGACCGCGCGUCCUUGAAAACACAUUCUGUUGUGCAUUCCGGAGAAAAGUCUUUUGUGUGCGAGCUGUGUGGUAGUUGCUUUUCACAACGGACUAAUCUCAACAUUCACUUACGGCGCCACUCGGCCGUGAAGGAGCACGAGUGCCCGGAUUGUGGUAUGAAGUUUUCGCGGAAGUUCUACCUCGCCAACCACCGAAAGUCCCACUCUGGGGAGAAGCCGUAUACGUGUGAGAUCUGCGGGGCGUGUUUUUCCGUGAAGUGGUCAUUGCGGCGCCAUCGACUCGUACACACGGGAGAGAAGCCACACCACUGUCAGGUAUGUGGGAAGUCGUUUACGUGGCUCUCCACCUUUAGGAAUCAUGUCAAGUCACACGGGUUACAAGUGCCUGAAGGCGAGGUGCAACGUGGGAGAGAAGAGGAUGAUGAGAGGAAUCUGAAGUCAGAGCAAAGCAAAACGAUACCUCUUCAACAAGAUCGGGAUACGCCUGAACAGCAGUAUCAACAGCAGCUUCAACACGAACAACAGCAACAGCAGCAGCAGCAACAGCAGCAAUGUGAAUUACUGCAGCAACAGCAAAGACACCAGCGUUUGAUAUCUGUGCCCAGCGUGCAGCCUCCUGUCGUGGAAGUGAGCAGGGAGACAACAGCCACUCUGCUCACCGCGACGCAGACGUUUAUUCCCCUGCAGCAAGACAGUCACAAUCGGCUCGAGCUGCAACCCCUCAGUCUUCCACCGCCCCCACCUCCGCCUCUACACAUACAGGUGGAAGCACGAGAGUUUGAAGCGCAACAGCAUCAGCAGCGCUUGUAUCAGCAAGUUUAUCAGCCCAGCGCUGUUGCUGAUUCUCAGCCGUCGAGCCAACACCUGCAGGAGCUUCUGCCCCCGCACCACGCCCACCACCCGCUGCUCCCCCAGCACCAGCAGCAGCUCGGCGUGCAGCCACAGCACCAGAGGCUGCCCUUCCCCCACCCGCUGCCGCCGCAAGCACCCCUCCACCCGGCCAUGACCCGACACAGUGUGGCUCUGCCCCCCCAGGUCUUGGUGGUACAGCAGACGCGAGAACUGGACAGCAACUGCCAGCCUCAGUUGUAAAACUUUUUACCUCAGUUAUAAAACUGUUUGCCUCAGUUAUAUAACUUUAUACCUUAGUUAUAAACUUUUUACCUCGGUUAUAAAACUGUUUGCCUCAGUUAUGAAACCGCUGGUGUUGGUGGUGUAGCAGUUAGUCACUUUGCUGUUGCAUUCCGGAAACCCAGGUUCAAUUCUUAAGGGCAGAGAAGUUUUUAUUGAAUAUCUCAGCCUUUUUGCCAGAAUGUUGUAUCCCCCUAAAUGUGGGUUCCCUCUGACAGGCUGGGUCAGAAGCUUGCAUACUAAAUUAUCUAAAUUUGUGCCGAUGAGGGCAUAGAAACACCUACACACAAAAAAGAAAGUUGUGAAACUGCCAUGCUUUGCUUUGUUGUGAGACCUUGCCUUGGUUAUUAAACGUUAAGCCUCAGUUUGAAACCUACGUUCAGUUAUGAAGUUGUUUUAGAUGCAGAGAGGAAUGUCUACAUUUAUAUAUACAUGAUGUGACGCCUGUUGGUGUGCAUAUAUGUAUGUCACGACGUGAUGGAAUCAGGCACUCGUCUAUUUUUAGUAUGUGGAGUUGAUAGUAUCAUCUUAAAACUUGUUUUUUUUGUCUUGCUUUUGACGAAAUAUGUACCCAUCUAUCUAGAAUAAAAGUAUUAGAAGUCAAGAUAUUCUCAAUUGAAGGAAAUGGGGGUCACUUGAUUCACCAUCAUCAUCAUUGCCUUUCUCACCCUACACCAGGGUCUGGCCACGAGCAAACACUUUCCACCUUUAUCUAUUCUGGGCUAGCAUCUUGUGAUGUUAUUCCGUCUUCUCACUUUUCUGUACAUCAAUUUCUAUGAUUCUUCUCCCGGUUCCACGCGUUUUCUCCUCAAGAUCUUUUACCCUCAAGAUUCCAAUCCAACACUUUUUUAAAUGCAUCUGCCUGGCUUCCUGAGAGUAUGUCCAUUCCAUCGCCACAGCCUUCUUCCUACCUCAUCUCUGACUGGGAUCUGUCUUGUUUUACUUUAAAACACUUCCUCAUCGGUGACCUUGUCUGUCCAUCAGAUUUCUGAUCCUGUGGGUGGUUGGCGGGUGCUCUUGUGUGGUUUGCUUCUUCUUUCCUAUCAAAUAUCUAUCGUCCUUAUCUC